AUGCUUACAAAACCAGAUCCUGGACCAGAGUACGCGAAGCUCGUGGAGGCAUUCUCUUCGAAGAAAGUAGCCAGACUCCCUACAACAAUAUCACAAACAGUAGAUGCUGUUAUUAAAGAAUCCAAGUCCGCCUUCUAUUCUUCUCCACGGCCGAGAGAUCAGGAGAAGGGAUUAGAUGAGUUUGAGGUGGUGAAAUAUGGUUACCACUUCUUCAAAAUCUUCAAGGGGCUCAUUGUUGAUCUCAUUAGCCACAAUGAUCGAAAUGAGAGCAGAGAUUUUUUUCAUGAGAGAACUCCUGAAGACGCGCUUGAAGUGUUGGAGGUUGAACUCAACUUCAUCUACGAAGUUCUCUAUACCAAGUUCGUUGUGAUACAUGAUACAAUAGGAUACCUUUUGCGCUCUGUAAGCUCGCUUUCGGAUUUGGGGUCCCUUGGGGUCUUCUUUUUUGUAGACUGCAAGCAUGGUUUAGAUAAGUUUGAUAUUCGAGUUACCUACACCCUGCUGCUCGGUGCCUUGAGCCUGGAGGCAAUAGCACUCUUCAACCUCAUUUUUUCUGAUUGGACAACAGCUUUUAUCGGCAACAGGAUUACAAAUCCAAGUGUCCGGGCCAUCUUCAAAAAAUAUCUCAAAAUUAGAAGGUCAAUGUGGUCUCCACCCAAGGAUGAGCUGCUAAACACUAAUUCAAGUGUACUCUGGACCAUCUUCAAAAGAUUUCUCAAAUUUAGGAGUUCAAUGAGGUCUCCAAGCAAGGAUGAUGAGCUGCCUGGUACCGAGUCAAUAAGGACUACACCAGUAUUACUUCGCAGGUGGUCUGAAUCCGUGGCAGGAUUUAAUUUGAUAACAUACUGCCUCAAGGAACUUCCGAAAAAAUCCAAUGAAGAAAAUGCAGAUCAGUGCCUCCUUGGCAUUUUUAAGAAGACUACUCAUCAUUUGUUGCAUCAUAUACGCAAAUACUGCCACAAGGACCUUCCUAUACGGAGAUAUUGUCUCAAAUAUCCGGUCAUUGAUUGUUUGGGUGCUAAGGAUUUUCUAGAUGAGUGGAGAUAUGCGUCCAAAAACUACUUCACGAAAAAUCUAUGGGAAUUUAUCUUUGUCGAACUGCGGGAGAAAUCUAUAAAAGCAGAUACAGUAGAAAAUAUCAAGACGAUAAGUUCAGCUAGAAGUGCUUACGUUCUCGAAGAAUACAAAAUGAAGCACGGAGGGGAUCAAGUAGUACUUUUUGAAACACUUAAAAAAGAUUAUAUUGAAAAUGUUACCUAUGAUGAGAGCCUUCUGCUUUGGCACAUUGCUACUGAAAUCUGCUAUCAAGGAAGUCAAGUCGAUCACGAUUCAAAAGCUGUUGAUCAUUAUAAAUUCAUCAGUAAGCUCGUUUCAGAUUACAUGCUAUAUCUUUUAUUAAUGAAACCUACUAUGAUGUCUGCUGUGGCAGGUAUUGGGCAAAUUAGAUAUAGAGAUACAUGUGCUGAGGCUAAAAGAUUCUUUUUCAACAAGGGACUAGGACCAAACAAUAAGGAAAAGGAGGCUUGUGAAAACCUUAUUGGUGUGAAUACAGAUGUUAAACCUGUUCAUGUGAAGGGAGAUCGAAGCAAAUCUGUAUUGUUUGAUGCAUGCAUGCUGGCCAAAGAGCUGCAAAAAUUGCGGGAGGAGAAGAAAUGGGAUGUAAUCAGCAAAGUUUGGGUGGAGAUGUUGUCAUACGCGUCUAAACAUUGCCGACCAGAUGCUCAUGUGCAGCAACUAGGUAGAGGUGGACAGCUUAUCAAUCUUGUUUGGUUGCUGAUGGCUCAUUUUGCCCUGGUUGAGCAGUUCGUAUUCACUGCCGGUUUUGGCCCUGCAAAAUUGAUUGUGGAAAAGUAA